AUGAGCGAUUCUUGCCCCCCACUGGAGCCCAUCACAGAAGAGGAAGCCGCACUUCUCACUGAGUAUGGUGUCAGGGGCCCUUAUGAUGAUCUUUUAGGGUUUCCCGCGGCAUCCACAUGCGUUUUUGGCUACGGCGGGAGGAACGUUUUUCUCACUGGCGCGGGCCCGGCUGGCGACAAUGAUGGGGAUAACAACCCAGACGAGGCUAACGCCGGAGCCGGCCAACAUGUGGAUCCCACUUGGCCUCUGGAGUGUGUUCUUUUGCGCCACACCAACCUCCUCUCCUCCGCCACCGCAACCCCCCUGUGGGACGGUGUCAAUGGGGUGUUAACGGACGCCACGAAGACGGCUCUGUUCAUGUCCCCCCGUCAUGUGUCGUCGGUGGAAGGGCCGGAGGCUACAGCGGCGGAUGCUGCCGCUUCUGCCUCUGCUUCUCUUGAAGGGGAAGAAGACGCGGUUGAAGCGAAGGGCGCUUCUCCCACCGCAAACCUCAACCUGCAUGGGGAGAGUGACGCGCAGCUACUGGCCACCAUGGACGAACUACUGCAAGAGGCAGACAACGCGCUGGCGAGGCGCGUGCGCCACGUGGAUCCCAUGGCGGAGGCUUGUGUGUUGGAGAGGCAACGUGCGGCGGAGGAGGAGGAGCGUCGCUGGUCUCCUAUUUGCAGCGUCAUCACAACAAAUACUACCCCCAGAGGGAGUGACAGCAACUUUGACGAUGAAGGCGAACUCAAUAACGGAGAUGGAGGGGCUGAAGCUAAAAGUCUCUUUGCUUAUGAGUUUGGGCCGACGGCCGAGGAGCAGCUUGCACUGCGUGAGUGGGACGAGGUGGUGCUGCGGUGUGAGCGGCAGUUGGAGGUUGCGUUGAACAAUUCGGUGGGCGGCGAAACGGGGCGCGGUGCCGACGAUGACGCGAUGGACACCGCUGCCGCAGCCUUCUUGUCGCCUCCGCUGCGGGCAGCGGAGGUGCAUGAUGCGGCGCAGACUCCUGCAACAACGCACCCGCCGUGGAUGCGUGAGCAGAGCAGAAUUCUGGAAUCGAUUGCAACGAUGGAGACAAGAAACAGUGAGCUGCAGACGGCGGCGGUGCAACAGCUAGAGGAGGCGCGGCAGCAGCGCCGUCGCCCUCGCCAUUCCCCCGCCUGGGCAAAUUGA